CCUCCACUCUUCCCCCACUGAGAUUUUUCCAAACGGUAUCCCCGUGCCCUCCUCAUCUCCCAUCACUCUGGUCCAAGGGGUCCCAGAGAUUUUUAUUUUUUUGCUCUUCUACUGUCCUAUCAUCACCUCCCUCCUGGUCUUCUUCUUACCUGGCCUCCUGCAGGGUCACAUAAAUCUGAAGGCAGCUACCUACCUGCACCUUUUGACUCCUUGAAGGUUUUCUUGGGACACGGCUCAAGAUGCCAGAGCCCACAAAGAAAGAUGAGACGCCAAACGGCCAGCCAGAAGAGAGUGUUGCCCCAGACAGUAAUGGUGUCCUGCCCCUCCCCGAGAUUUCCCUGAAGGUUUCUCCACCCCCAGAGGCAGUAGCAGAGGGGCAAGAGCCAGUAGAGACUGAUGGGACGCAACCAGAGCAUGCAGAGCCUGCAGAGCCUGAGCCAGUUCAGGCUGUGGUGGCUCAGGAGCCCAUUCCCGCUGAGAACGGCUCAAAUCAGCCACAGCCUGUCGAGGUUGGGGUGAAAGAGCAAGCAGAGUCUGGUAAAACUACUGAAAAGGGAGAGGGCCCUUGCUCUCCCCGACCUCCUGAUGAGGAUGAUGCUGCAGCCACAACCCCAUCCCCAACACCCCGACCAGAAGAGGCCAAUACACUCAAGAAACUCUCAAUUGAACUGCCUAAUGAUAGCGUCCCUUUGCCAGAAAUGGGGAGAAAGGACUCAGUGUGGUCACUGGGAGAGGGCCAGGCCCCCGAGGACCUGGACAAGCCUAUUGAUACCCCACCACGGUCCACCCUGCUGAUAGAGAGUCCCCAGAGCGCCUCUAUGCCUGUGGGUGGAGAUAUAUCCUUUGUUGCCAAGGUGGAGGCUAAAGAUCUCCUCCGCAAACCAACUGUCAAGUGGUUUAAAGGAAAAUGGAUGGAUCUGGCCAGCAAGACAGGAAAGCACUUACAGCUGAAAGAGACCUUUGAACGCCAGACCAAGAUCCACACAUUUGAGAUGCAUAUCAUCAAAGCCAAAGAAAACUAUGCUGGAAACUACAGGUGUGAAGUCACCUAUAAGGACAAGUUUGACAGCUGUUCCUUUGACUUGGAAGUGAAAGAGGCUGAAACGGGCUCACAGAAUAUUGAUAUUCGAUCGGCUUUCAAAAGAAGCAGUGAAGGACAAGAAGAUGCAGGAGAGCUUGACUUUAGUGGUCUCCUUAAACAUAGAAAUCAAAGGGAGCCAAAACAGGAGGACGAAGCACCUGAUGUCGAUGUGUGGGACAUCCUAAAGAACGCUAGACCAGAUCAGUAUGAGAAGAUUGCCUUUAUGUACGGCAUCACAGAUCUGAGGGGUCUGCUGAGGAGGAUGAAGAAGAUCCCAAAACAGGAGAAGAAAAGCGAAGCUUUCGCAAAGAAACUGGAACCAGCAUAUCAGGUGGACAAAGGUGGAAAGAUCCGCUUGGUGGUCGAUCUGGCCGACCCGACAGUUGAGCUGAAGUGGUACAAGAACGGGCAGGAAAUCAGACCCAGUCCCAAUCAACGGAAGUAUAUUUUUGAGCAUAAAGGCACACAAAGGAUAAUGGUCAUCAACAACUGCUCCGUGAAUGACGAUGCAGCUUAUUCCGUAGCUGCAGGAGACGAGAAAUGUGCUACAGAGCUGUUUGUGAAAGAGUUGCCAGUUAAGAUUGUCAAAGGUGUUGAGCCUGUGAAGACCACGGUUAAUGAGAGGAUCGAGCUGGAGUGUGAAGUGUCAGAGGAGGGGGCUCAAGUCAAAUGGAUGAAGAACGGUGUUGAGGUUCCAACAGGAGUGCGCUCCAGAUACCGAGUUAAGAGUGAAGGAACAAAACACUUCUUGGUAAUUGAUGAUGCCUCCAAGGAGGACACUGGGACGUACUCCAUCAUGGCUUCUGGUGGCACAUCUGAGGCUCAUGUACAGGUUGACUUGAAACCAUUGAAGAUCUACCAGGACCUACAGGAUAUGAAAGUGAUGCUGGGCCAACCCCUGAAGCUGCACUGUGAGAUUUACCCAGGCAAUGUCCCAGGUCGUUGGUACAGGAAUGGACAGCUGAUCCAGCCCAACGACCGCAUCACAAUCAUACACAGAAAUAAGGUCCAUCGUCUUGAAAUUGAAUCCAGCUCCCUUCAUGAUGCAGGAGAUUACACUUUUGUACCUGAGGGAUAUUCACAGAGCCUCUCAGCAAAAAUCCACAUCAUUGACCCACCAAGAGUGCACUUGGAUAGUUUGAACUUCCCGGACAACACGGUCACCAUAGUGGCAGGAAACAAACUACGCUUGGAGAUCCCCAUCAGUGGAGAGCCAGCACCUAGGGUUGUGUGGAUGAAGGGAGAACGGGUAAUUCUUGAGUCUGGCCAUCGAGUCCGAGCUGAAACCUACGGUGACCAGACGAGCCUGACAAUUGACAUCACAGAGCGGGAGGACUCGGGUAACUACAAGAUAGUCCUGCAAAAUGAGGCUGGUGAGGCCACAGCCAGUGUCAAAAUCAAGGUUGUUGACAUCCCUGACCCUCCAGAGGCUCCACUGGUCCCAGUGGUGGGUGGAGAUUGGUGCUCUAUGACAUGGGAAGCACCAAAAUAUGAUGGAGGUUCACCAAUAUUAGGUUACUUCAUUGAAAGAAAGAAGAAACAAAGCUCCAGAUGGAUGAGACUGAACUUUGACCUGAUAAAAGAAACAUCAUUCGAACCCAAGAAGAUGAUUGAAGGAGUUCCAUAUGAAGUGCGGAUCUUUGCAGUCAAUGCCAUUGGUGUGUCCAAGCCCAGUGAACCAUCCAAAGCCUUUACUCCCCUCGCUGUGACCAGUGAGCCCACCAUGCUGGUAGUUGACGAUGUCACUGACAACACUGUGACUGUAAAGUGGCGUCCUCCAGAAACCAUCGGAGCAGCCGGUCUGGAUGGAUACUUGGUGGAGUACUGCAUAGAGGGAGCUAAUGAUUGGGUAGUAUCCAACAAGGAGCUGACAGAGAAGACCAAGUACACCAUCACUGGGCUGACUCCAGGGUCUAAAAUUUUAGUUCGAGUUAGAGCCAUCAACGCUGCUGGACCCAGCCCUCCACGGACCCUUCAGCACGCCAUCUUGGUCAAAGAAGUUAUUGAACCACCCAAGAUCCGAGUCCCCCGACACUUGAAGCAGACAUACACUCGAAGAGUUGGUGAAGCUGUGAACCUUGUAGUGCCAUUCAUGGGCAAACCCAGGCCGAAGGUCACCUGGCUGAAAGAGGGCAAGCCCAUCGAGCCUACACACGUCAGUAUCCGCAACACAGACUGUGACAGCAUCAUCUUCAUUCGUAAAGCCGAACGAAGCCACUCUGGAAAGUACGAGAUGACUGUGCAGGUUGAGAACCAUGUGGACACAGCCAUUAUUGACAUACAGAUUGUAGACCUACCUGGGCCUCCUCAGUGUGUGACGAUUGAAGAUGUCUGGGGAGGUAACGUGGCUCUGGUCUGGACUCCUCCAAAAGACAACGGCAACGCCCCAAUUACAGGCUACACCAUUCAAAAAGCAGACAAAAAGACAAUGGAAUGGUUCACAUGCAUCGAGCAGUACCAUCGCACCUGCAUCACCAUCACAGAGCUGGUAGUAGGGAACGAGUACUUCUUCAGGAUUUACUCAGAGAACAUGUGUGGCUUAAGUGAAGCCGCCACCGUAACCAAAAAGAGUGCCCUUAUCGUCAAAGAAGGCAUGCAGUUGAAAACACAUGAGUUUAACGACCGAGACUUCAAGGAGGCGCCAAAAUUCACCCAGCCGCUGAUCAACACUUUUGCCAUUGCCGGCUACAAUGCUACACUCAAUUGUAGCGUCCGUGCCAACCCAAGGCCCAAGGUGAUCUGGAUGAAGAAUAAGAUAACCAUCCUUGACGACCCGCGCUACCGUAUGUUUAGCAACCAGGGAGUAUGUACUCUGGAGAUCAGGAAGCCCAGCCCCUAUGAUGGCGGCAUGUACACCUGUAAGGCCAUCAAUGACCUGGGAGAGGCCCAAGUGGACUGCAAGCUGGAAGUCAAAGGAGGCUUCACCUUUUAUGAACUCAUGCAACGCGGAGUGCCCCUCCACCUGAUUGACAAGUACAUGAACGAGCAUAAGAUUGUCGAGCAGGAGAAGUAAAAUUGGACAGAACGCAAUGAGACACUUUAGUUUUGCAGACAUCUGAUGCCACGAGUGACCUUUUUCUGUCACCUACGGAGGUUGCCGGCCUGAAGACGGA